AUGGACACACCUAAAACAGCAGCGUGGGUGGUCAGGAAAAUCAUAGAGGCAAAGAAAGACUUGAUGCAGAUGAACUCAGUGCAAGGCAGCCUCAUACUAGCUCUGACAGACUUGGUGAAACAGGGAAGGUUCCAAAUACAAAGAGCUUAUGUCAAGCUACUGCCUCAGUUUCCCAAAGUUAGUUGGAAAAGCAUUCAUCUACACACACAGGUUCAUCCACGAUUCAAAUUUCAUCUAUGGUUGGCUAUUCAUCAAAGGAUAGCAACUGUGGACAGGCUACUCAAGUUUGGAAUCCAAGUACCACUAGAUUGUGUAUUCUGUGCAGGUACUAUGAAAACAUUUGAUCAUCUUUACUUUGGCUGUCCAAACACCAGUUUGUUAUGGGACAGAAUAAUGAGAUGGCUGGGGGUUACAAGGAAUAUUGGAAGCUGGCAAGAUGAACUAGUAUGGAUCAGUAGCAUAGCCAAAAGGAAGAAUGCUAAAGCAGAUAUCACUACAACAGCAUUUGCGAUGGUAGUGUAUUGUAUUUGGCGGGAAAGAAACUCUAUCAGAUUUAACAAGGGUAGAUACAUGGUGGACGAGAUAUGCUAG